AUGCUUGAAUACACAAGAACAGUUUCGCUGGUUAUAUGCAUGGACCUUUCAAGAAAUAACUUAUCUGGAGAGAUCCCUGAAGGACUCACAAGACUUUUGGGAUUGCGUGUUUUAAACUUAUCUGGAAAUCAUUUGACCGGAAAGAUCCCAGACAAGAUUGGUAAAUUGGCAUUGCUAGAGUCUCUUAAUUUCUCUGAAAAUCAGCUUUCGAGUUCAAUUCCUCUGAGCAUGUCAAAUUUAACUUUUCUAAGUCACUUGAACUUGUCGUAUAACAACUUUUCGGGAAGAAUUCCAAUGGGAAAUCAGCUCCAGACACUUGAAGAUCCAUCUAUUUAUAUCGGCAACAAUAAACUCUGUGGACCUCCUCUUACAGAAAAGUGUGGUAGUGAUGAGACGUCUCAAGGUCCAAUGCCUGUCAGUGGUGAUGUAGAAAAAGAUGAGGAAGAGUAUGAAAUCCGUUGGUUUUACUCUGCGCUGGUACCAGGAUUUGCGGUUGGGUUUUGGGCAUUCUGUGGUAUUUUAAUGCUCAAAAAGUCUUGGAGAAUUGCCUAUUACUGCUUCUUUGAUCAGAUGAAAGAUAGACUUUUUAGUUAUUGUAGAUUUACAGGAUGUUAGAUUGAAGAAGUCUGAUGGACAUCCAGAUCAUGUGUAAUGAAUAAUGUUGUAAUGCAGAUCUCUUCACAGUUGCUUUUUUAGUACUUUUAAUUAAGAGUUGUAAUAGAAAGCUUAAUGUACGAAAUAAUUUAAGUAUUAAUAAAUUUAUAGGUGA